AUGCUCCCCUCUAAAGACAUCAGCGGAAUGAGACCCAAGAGGAAAACAAAAAGAAGACCAACGGCAAAAACAAAAGUUAAGAAGGUGGAUUUGGAUGUUCUCUCCUCACAAUUUUCGCAAUCGCAGCAGAGCUACAGUCAACACAUCAAGACUCCAGUAAGGAAAAAUAGGGCACCUAACUCUUUGGUACUGCCGAAUUCCACUAUUUUCUCACCAAGGAAGGACGAAGAGUAUUCUCAGGAAAAUGCAUACGAUUCAGGAAGUGGGAGAGAGACAGAGGAGAAACAAGAGAAAGUCGAUGGAACUGAUGAAGAAGUAAUCGAAGUCGAAUCGGGUUCCUCUAGCGAAGAAUCAUCCGAUGGACUACCUCAUAAAAGGCAUACAGAAUCUAGUAAGGAUGGUUUUAAAAAGCCAAAAGGAUUGACAAGUUAUACUGCUCCCUUGAAUACUAAGAACUGGCAACCAUUACCACCACAGGUACAUAGUGAACUAUCGACGCUAUUGAACUUACUGAUACCAACAUCCGUUGAUGAUAAGGAAGAGUACUACGCUAAGGCAUUAGAGUCAGAAAUAAUACGGCCAUUGAUAGCCAAAUUUGCUUCUGUUUAUCUCCCGCCUAUUCAAAAUAAGUCAUAUCGGCAGCUAAGUAAUCAACGGUCAAACGAAUUUAAUUUGAAUAUGCUAGAUCAAGAACAAGCAAGACUGACCUCCAGUUAUGAUAUAAACUCGAAACAGCUGGAUAUGCUUGCACUGCAACUUGUGAAGGAAAAGGAAAUGAUUGCGAUAGAGCGUGGAUAUUUAAAAAAGUUGAAAGAGAAUAUCAAUACUUGGAAAACUAGCAAGAACAGGCGUCUUGAUAGAUUGAAGUCGGAGUUAGGGGAAAAAUUUACCAAUAUCUGUAAUUCUUUGAAUGCUGCGGACUCUGGCUUUGUUGGUGCCGAUGAUAUAGAUAUGGUUCAAGAUACAAAAGCAGAUACAAAUCUCGAUGAUCCUGACUUGAACAAGAGAUUAUUAAAACUGAAUAAAUAUUUGACAAAUUUGGAAACACAUGUAUCGCCAACUAAGGAUUUUCAAGAAUCCUUAAAGCAACUAUCAAAUAAACUACAAAAAAAGAACACUAAUUCAUAA